CUCCCACAAUUACCACUCACUCCGCCUUCUCUACUACACCUCUAUUUCUCCCAUCUAGUAGUAUCGGGCGUAAGUGACUUAUAUUGUAAGCCUAUGCCUUUCGAAGGCAAUGCUCUCGGCGACUAUUUUUAGUCGGUGCUGCCAGCCGAAUAUUUAUGGCUGCGCCGAGCAUCUUGACCCAUCAAUUCACACAAAUACAAUCGUAGUCGCUAAAUAUUCAGGGAUGGCCUUGACAGCAGUGGUAGGCUGUGAAGGGGCGCACAGAGCUUGGACGAGAUGGUUGAGAUUCAUAACACUCUUUUCGUCAAAGGCUUGUUCCUUGGUCUUUCCACUUUUCCCACUUUUCGGCAGCCCUACCUUCAACGUUCCGGUGCCUCUAGUCCUCCAUUGUUUCCUGGAUAUCCGGGGAUUGACAGUCCGACGCAGGAAUCCCUUGAGUAGCCGCAUUGACCGUUAGUAGCUGGAAGUGGAGUUCAGAGACGAUUAGUCGCUUGGAUGGCGUACAACAAGAAUGAUGGAGAACUCUAUCAGGGGCAUCAACUAGAGGAUCUGCCUCCUCCUACGCAGUCCUUCCAAUACCAUGCUCCUCCACCCGAUGAGGACGACGCGGGCCAACACCUGCUAAAUCCUACCCUCACUCACGGCAAUGAGCCGUCCCGAUACGAGACAGCGUCUCCAUCUUCAGUAUACAGCCUAAGCGAGACCUACUCCUCAGUGCGCCCUCCGCCUACAGAGUACGGCGUCGGUGAACAGUACGGCACAUACAAUGGUGGUUAUGCCCCAGGGGCUCCGUCUCCGUCUCCCGAGGACAGCUGGGUCCAGCGGCAGCAGACGGUCCGUAAGCCAGGUGGCGCGAAGCGUUCCAAGACGCGCAAGGUCAAGCUCGUUCAGGGCUCAAUUCUCAGCACCGACUACCCCGUACCAAGUGCAGUACAGAAUGCUGUUGAGCCUCGCUACCGCAAUGCCGGGGGUGCUUUCGACGAGGAGUUCACAAAGAUGCGCUACACCGCUGCCACCUGUGAUCCAAACGAUUUCACCCUCUCAAACGGCUUUAACCUUCGCCCGCGCAUGUACGGUCGUCACACGGAGCUCCUUAUUGCGAUCACGUAUUACAAUGAGGAUAAAACUCUUUUAGCUCGUACCCUCCACGGAACGAUGCGUAAUAUUCGCGACAUUGUCAAUCUCAAGAAAUCGCAGUUCUGGAACACUGGUGGCCCUGCUUGGCAAAAGAUUGUCGUAUGUCUGGUGUUUGAUGGUAUCGAUAACGUCGACAAGGAUGUGUUUGACGUUCUCGCGACGGUCGGCAUCUACCAAGACGGUAUCCUCAAGAAGGACGUGAAUGGCAAGGAGACGGUUGCACAUAUCUUCGAGUACACUAGCCAGAUCUCAGUCACGCCUGAGCACCAGCUUGUUCGGCCUGGCGCCGAUGAAAGUGCUUCGAAUCUACCACCAGUGCAGUUCAUCUUCUGUCUCAAGCAGAAGAAUAGUAAGAAGAUCAACUCUCACCGAUGGCUAUUCAAUGCUUUCGGUAGGAUCUUGAAUCCAGAGGUUGCCAUCCUGAUUGACGCUGGUACGAAGCCAGGCCCUCGUUCCUUACUCUCGCUCUGGGAGGCCUUCUACAACGAUAAGGAUCUUGGCGGCGCGUGUGGUGAGAUUCAUGCCAUGCUCGAAGGUGGAAAGGCGCUGCUAAAUCCGUUGGUCGCCAUUCAAAACUUCGAGUACAAGAUAUCCAAUGUCUUGGACAAGCCUCUUGAGAGUGCGUUUGGUUAUGUGAGCGUCCUUCCAGGCGCAUUUUCGGCAUAUCGUUUCCGAGCUAUUAUGGGCCGUCCGCUAGAGCAGUAUUUUCAUGGUGAUCACACACUGUCGAAGAUACUUGGCAAGAAAGGUAUUGAUGGAAUGAACAUCUUCAAGAAGAACAUGUUUUUGGCUGAGGAUCGAAUCCUCUGCUUCGAGCUGGUGGCAAAGGCUGGGCAAUGGCAUCUCUCAUAUGUCAAAGCCUCCAAAGGUGAAACAGAUGUCCCUAAUGGAGUUCCCGAGUUCAUUGGCCAACGCCGAAGAUGGCUUAACGGAUCCUUCGCUGCGUCUCUUUACUCCAUCAUGCACUUUAGCAGGCUUUACUCUUCCGGGCAUGGCAUUAUCCGUCUCAUGUUCUUACACAUUCAACUCGCUUACAACAUCGCCAACGUCGUGUUCACCUGGUUCUCGCUCGCCUCGUACUACCUCACAACAACCGUCAUUAUGGACCUUGUCGGUACACCUCAACCCCUAGCUCAGUAUCACGGCUGGCCCUUCGGAGACAAAGUAACGCCUAUAUUGAAUCACGUCAUCGCCUACAUCUACGUCGCCUUUCUUAUCCUGCAAUUUAUCCUCGCCCUUGGAAAUCGUCCUAAAGGUUCACGACACAGCUACAUGGCCUCUUUCAUCGUUUUCGGUGUCAUACAGGCUUACAUCCUCGUCUUGACCACCUACCUCGUCUACCGCGCCUUUAGCACAAAACCUAUCGAGGAUCAGAUCUCGUUCGAAUCGGGCAAGGCCUUCUUCGACUCAUUCUUUGGCGGAAAAACAGGUGUUGCAGGUUUGAUUCUCAUCGCGCUAAUCACGAUUUACGGUCUCAAUUUCGUCGCAAGCUUCUUGUACCUCGAUCCUUGGCACAUGUUCCAUUCCUUCCCUCAGUACCUUGUGCUUAUGAGCACGUAUAUCAAUGUUCUCAUGGUGUAUGCGUUCAACAACUGGCAUGAUGUCAGUUGGGGUACCAAGGGAAGCGACGUCGCUGAGUCAUUACCUUCGGCGAACGUUGUGAAAGGAGAGGCUGCAGUUGUUGAAGAGGAGAUAGUAGAGCAGGAAGACAUUGACGAGAAGUUUGAGAAGGUUGUGAAACGAGCAUUGACGCCGAGUAAGAGCGGGGACGGGAAACCAGCAGUAAAGGACACGGAGGACUCGUACAAGAGUUUCCGCACUGGUUUGGUUUACUCAUGGCUGCUGUCGAAUAUUCUGUUGAUCAUUGGAGUAACGAGCGAUGAUUUCAAAACCAUCGGUGUCGGGGAGGCUUCGAAAACAAGAACACCCAUCUACUUCCGCAUUUUGCUCUACGCCACUGCUAUUUUGUCUAUCAUCCGCUUCAUUGGAUUCUUGUACUUCCUAGGAAGAACAGGUUGCGUAUGGGUGACGAGGAAGAGAUGAGUGGGUGUGAGCGUAUAGAAGGUUCAUGGCUACCUAUAGAUCUAGAGUGUAGCCCAUGGAUGGCCUAGAAGUACCCAGGACGGUGCUUUUGCCAAAAGAGGAGUCGGCGUGCGAUGGUAGUUGAGAGUGGUGAAUGUCGGUUUGACUUACUGGUUAAGCGUGCCGGCAAUGUUUGCAUCACCCGAGAAUGUUAUGUGGACGCUGGCUGUUGGCAAGCUCCAUUCUAGUGGGCUUCGCUUUGUAACAUAGCUUGUUUUUACCACC